AUGAUGAUGAUGGGCGGAAACAACCAAGUUUGUAGACAAAACGAGGGCGGUGUGGGGUUGAACAACAACGGCAGCGAAGAAGGCGGUGUAAUCUUGAAAAAGGGACCGUGGACGGCGGCGGAGGAUGCUAUAUUGGCCGAGUACGUGAGGAGUCACGGUGAAGGGAACUGGAAUGCGUUGCAAAAGAACACAGAGUUGGCACGUUGUGGGAAGAGUUGUAGGCUACGAUGGGCUAACCAUUUAAGGCCGAACUUGAAAAAAGGAGCCUUUUCUCCUGAAGAAGAAAGAAUCAUUAUCGAGUUGCAUGCUAAAAUGGGUAACAAGUGGGCUCGCAUGGCUACUCAGCUCCCAGGAAGAACAGAUAAUGAAAUCAAGAAUUAUUGGAACACACGAGUCAAGAGAAGGCAACGUCGAGGCCUCCCAUUAUACCCUCCUGAUAUCCAACCCUUGCUUUCCCAACAUCAACAAAACCAGCACCGUUCGCUGCCGGCGACGCCGAUUGCAUCCCCUACAGGCACAUCGACCUAUUCAUUCUCCUUCCAAACCCCGAGGCCAUCCUCGUCGCCGAAUCUCCAUGGUUCUAUGUCAAUGCAAUCGCACCCUCUCCAUAUCAAUCGGUCAACGUCUCACAUACUCUAUAGCCCGCAUUCGGAACUGCCAUAUCUCCGUAGUCCGGCCACGGUUUCGACACCACCCCCACUUCCUAACCCUUCACCUUCAACACAUGUGUCCCCAUUUCAAUCUCCCCAUGGGCCUGCAUUUUCGACUCUCCCUCUAUUUGAUUCUUCAACAUCAAAUACUUGUAAUAACAACAUCAAUUCUAGCAAUGGCGGUCAUAAUAACAAUAAUACUGUCUCCUCAGAUUUCUUCUUCCCUAGAGCAACCCCUCCACUUCAGCUACCGAUGCGAUACAAGCGGUUGAGACUCAAUGUAAGCGAAAGUAACAAUGAUGUUGUUGUCAAUAACGGCAGUGGCAGCGGCAGUACUGGUUCGAGCUUUAUGUUACAACAUCCUCCUUUGCAGAAGAAUUCAUUUUUCGAUCCCCAUAAUUUUGCAUCAACCUUUGGUGGUACUAGUACUCCAUUGACAUCCCCACACUACCCUUCCCCUUCAUAUUCUUUGGAUCCGAUCACACUCGAUCUUACUUCGUCUUCAAGGAUCCUCGCCGAUCAACACCAUUUCGAUACCGUACAGUUCAUAUCGACUCCGGAAUUUACUUCUCCAUCUAAAAGGAACGACGAGCUCCCUUCGAACCAUUUUUUGUCCCUAGAUGGGAAUUCAGAAGUUACCUUUGAUCAGAAUAAUAACAACAACAAUGACAGCAAUAAGAUUUUGAGUAUCCCUUUUUGUGGCUUGCUGGAUGAUAUGCUGGAGGAGGCUCAACUUUUGGCUGCCGACAAAGACGAUAUCACACGGCGGCCAACAUGUAUGGUCGGAUUCAGUACCAGCUCCGAGGGUCUAGCUUCAGCAAAAGAAGAAACAGCAACAGACCAAGGGCUCAACGCUACGCAAGAAGACUACUCCGGGCUACUCGAUAUUCCUUCGUCGAUGGCAAUGCCCGAUUGGUACGACAACUGUGGGAAGUCUCCAACAGACUUUUGGAAUGACAGCAAAUAG